AAUGUUGUUUACCCGAGAGGUCCACGCACGAUACGGUGUGCUGGACUUGGAAGAGGUCAAACGAUUCCAAGCUGAUAGGUGACAUCGUUUUUCCUAAUCAUGCACUGAUACUUCUCUGUUACAAAGAAGAAGAAUGGUUACAUAGCUGUUACAUUUACAAAUGGAAGAGAAUGUUGUGUAAAUAGCAGCUGUCAAUCAGUGUCAUGUCUCUGACUCACCUUGAAUUGUUUGACCAAGUGGGCGAUUACCAAACACCUUUCAAUAGACACGAUGAUGAGGAUGAGGACUAUGAUGAAGAUGAAGAUGACGAAGAUGACGAAGAUGGAAUCCCUAAGAUCAGGAUUGGCAUCUGUGCUAUGAGUAAAAAGACUUAUUCUCCACCAAUGCAAGAGAUUCUGAAUCGGAUGUCUGUGUUUGACUGUGCUGACAUCUUUGUGUUUCCUGAAGACAUCAUCAUGAAUGUUCCUGUGGAGGAAUGGCCAAUCUGUGACUGCCUGAUUUCAUUUUACUCAAAUGGAUUUCCUCUUGAAAAAGCUAUUGAGUAUGCCAAACUUACAAACCCUUUUGUUCUGAAUGAUCUGGAGAUGCAGUAUGCGUUAAUGCACAGACCAACAAUGUACAGUAUCCUGGAGAUUGCUGGAAUAGAAACACCUAGGCAUGCAAUAUUGCUACGAGAUGAGGAUGGAAAUCCCAUUGACACAAAAUUUGUUGAACUAGAUGAUUCAGUGCAGAUUGGUGAUAAGGUGUUCCAAAAACCCUUUGUCGAGAAGCCAGUGGAUGCAGAAGACCAUAAUGUAUAUAUCUAUUUCCCCUCGGCAGCUGGUGGUGGGAGCCAGAGAUUGUUCAGAAAGGUUGGAGACAGAAGUAGUGUGUACUCGCCUGUAAGCUCUGUGAGGAAAGAAGGGUCAUACAUCUAUGAAGACUUUGUAGUUACUGAUGGGACAGAUGUGAAGGUGUACACUGUGGGCCCAGAAUAUGCCCAUGCUGAAGCACGCAAGUCUCCUUCACUGGAUGGAAAAGUUGAAAGGGACAGCCAAGGGAAGGAGAUACGAUACCCAAUUAUUCUUGAUCAGCAAGAGAAAGAAAUGGCCCAUAAAGUUUGCAAACUGUUCAAGCAAACAGUUUGUGGUUGUGACUUGCUCCGCACCCAUGGCAAGUCAUAUAUUUGCGAUGUCAAUGGCUUUAGCUUUGUCAAGAACUCUAAGAAGUACUAUGAUGAUGCUGCACAAGUGUUAAUGAGCCUUAUUGUACAAGAACUAGCUCCUCAGUUGUACAAACCAUACAAUCUAGAUGUGCAAGAGGAAAUUCCUACUGUUAAAGCUCUGGGAGGUACCAGGCUGGAGCUAAGGUGUGUGGUUGGCAUCAUCAGACAUGGUGACCGAACUCCAAAACAGAAAAUGAAAAUGGAAGUCCGGCAUCCAAGAUUUAUUGAACUGUUUAGGAAGUACCACGGCUUUGAAGAUCAGAAGCUUAAACUCAAGAGGCCAACUCAGUUGCAAGAGGUGUUGAAUAUCGCCAGAGAUUUGCUGACUGACAUAAAGGAGGGGAAGCCAGUUUUUGAAAAGCCUAACAAGAUCCAUCAGCUCAGAACUGUGUUGGAAAUGUAUGGUCAUUUCUCUGGUAUUAACCGAAAAAUCCAAUUCAAGUAUCUUGGAAAAGGAAAACCUCGAGAGGGAACUGACAGCGAGCACAGUGACAGAAGUGUUGAAAUUAAAGGAGAAAAUGAGGGGGAAAGAAAGGAAAGCGGAGAAAGAAGAAGUGCAACCAGUAAAGAAUCAAGCCUGACUGAGGAGGCUGAUCAGAAAGGAAGUGAAGACAAACUGGAGGUUCCUGUUGACAAGGAACAUUCUUUGCUGUUAAUUGUGAAAUGGGGUGGAGAACUAACCAUGAUGGGAAAGGAGCAGGCUUUAGAGCUGGGUCGUGCUUUCAGGUGUAUGUAUCCUGGUGGCCAAGGACAAUACUCUAAGCUGUCGGAUUGUGGUCUGUUGCGACUUCACAGUACUUACAGACAUGAUUUGAAGAUUUAUGCAUCCGAUGAGGGACGAGUGCAAAUGACAGCUGCAGCUUUUGCAAAGGGUUUUCUUGCUCUUGAAGGUGAACUAGCGCCUGUUCUUGUACAUCUUGUGCGUAGUGAUAAGAACACCACAGAGAUGCUUGACACCCCUGAUGAUGCCGCUAAGAUACUGGGAAAGGUGAAGCACAGAUUACAUAAAAUGCUUGAUUCUAAUGAAGAUUUCAAGGAAGCAGAUUUUGCCAAGCUUGCGCCAACCAGGUGUCACUCAGUGAUCAAUGCCAUGAAGUUUGUAAAGAACCCCUACAAAAUGUGUGAGAAGAUCUAUAACCUAAUGCAGGCUCUUACGGGACAUCUGAAAGAGAUGAUUGCUCAGAAAGUGUAUGACCCAAGAGAUCCAUUUCUUUACCAGGAUGAAACACUCGAGCUGAUGAUGUACAGAUGGACAAAACUAGAAAAGGAUUUCAAGCUGAGAAGUGGGAAGUUUGAUAUAAGUCUUAUUCCAGAUAUCUACGACUGCAUCAAGUAUGAUGUACAGCAUAACAGUCAGCUGAACUUGCUAAACAGUUUGGAUUUGUACAAGUGUGCCAAGGCCUUUGCAGAUAUCGUUAUUCCACAGGAAUAUGGAAUCACAACAGAUGAGAAGCUUAGCGUUGCUCAUAGUGUAUGUGCAAGGCUCUUAAGAAACAUCAAAGGAGAUUUGCGACAUGCUGACUCGUCAGACAUCCAUACUCGUCUAAAUCCUGACUACUUGCAGAGUGUGGAAGCCCCCCAUCGUCAAGUUCGAACGCGACUGUACUUCACUAGCGAGAGUCACGUACAUACGGUGCUGAAUGCUCUUAGACACGGAAAGCUUUUUGAAAAUGUUCCAGAUGAGCAGUGGGAGAGAGCUGUAGAAUUCUUGGAACAGGUUCCUGAGCUUAACUAUAUGACUCAGUUGGUGCUUAUGUUGUAUGAAGACCCUGAGGCUGAUCCUCUUUCUGAUCACCGAUUUCACGUGGAACUCCACUUCAGCCCUGGAGCAAAGACCUUGGAUGAUCCAGAGUUCUUGGCAAGUAGUUCUCCAUCAAGAAAAGCUGGUGAAGAGGAGAUGAGAUCUUCUGCGGCCAAUUUCCCUUCAACUGACAAAGAUGUAGAACAUGCUUGUAAGAGCUGCAAAGUUGAUGAAACUACAAUGAUGGAUAGUGGUCACCAAAGUGAGGUUACAUCUGAUAGUGUUAUCAAUGAAGACACAUCUCUUUGUGAUCUUACCGCAUCCUCUCAUCUUCUUGUAACCACAAGCACAAAUCCUGGACAGCAUGAGGCCGAAGAAAGUCAGGAUUGUAUGAAUAAAGCUGUGAAAUGGACCACUGGAACCUCUCAGAACCUAGAAUCAGCUGAUGAGGAGGCAGCAGAAAGUAAUGAGUUUGAAGCUUAUGAUGAAGUUGUUUACAGCGGAAAUGAGCUCCCACGUUCUGCAAUCGGAAGCGAUGACUAUUCUGAUUCUGCCCUAGGAGCAAGUGUAGAGGACAUUUAUCUUUCUUCUGGUAUGUCCAUUGACGAAUUACCUGAAAAGGAAACGUUUAUAAGCAGACGGCGGCACAGCAUGAGUGACACUGAACUAAAGAGUUGUCAUGGACAACAGAUUCGGAAAAAAGGCAGACAACUCAGUAGACGUAGAUCUGAAACUGACUUUGCGAACAAUGUUGCAACUGCAACACGAGAGGUUGCACAGAAAGACAAAGGAGAGGGAAAGGUCAGUUCAGUGACCUGUAUUGUGGAAGAAGAUGCAUCAGAACGUCAUGUACCAGUUGGCCGAGCUAAGUCUCAUUCUAUGAUAGAAAAUGUUAAUCUUGACAAGAAUUCACAAGGAACCUCGAAACCUCCAGCUGCUCGCACACGGAGCUUUGAGCAUGGUCAGCAAGUGAAGACUAUCGAGUCAUCUUCUCCAUACAGGAAAAGAUUCAGUGCUGGAUCUGCAUCUGCCAUUCGUGCUCUUAGAAAGCUUUCCUUCGACAUUCAGAAUACUUGGGUUGUGAGGCCACACUCCGUUACGAGAAGCUCCAAGCAAAGUAGCAAGCCACGCAUUGCAGAAUAUUAUGAAGAAAUGACCAAAGUGGAAUCACUGAACCCCCUGCGCACAUUGCACAAUGCUGUACCUCUAAAGAAGAUGGACAAGUUCUUUGACAAAGUGACUGGUCAAAACAUCAAAAUCCGUUUUCCGCCAGUGCCUUGGCCAUCAAGGAACAUUUCUCGGGAGGGUAACGUUACAGACUUGCUAACAGGGGCAAUCAAAAAACUGCAUUCUUGACAACAGUGAUCUGUCGUGCAGUCACCAUGGACAAGUGUUAGAUACAUAAAUUUAAAUAUUUUCGCAGUGGCAACAAGUGAGAGCGUAUUUUUUAGAAAUUUUGUUAUUAUAGAGCUUUAAUGAUGUUAAAAUUAUAAAACUGGUAGUGCGCAAGAUGUAAAUCAGGUAUUGUUUAUUAAAUUUAUGUAACAAGUGUUUAAGAAAACACAUCACGGGUCUCAUCAUGAAAAUAUUAUGCUAACCUUUUUAAGUUCGAAAGGGAGAUCGUCCGUGGCUUCUUGCGUUUUUAAAGUACAGUACGGUAUUUUGCACAGUGUGAACAAAGUUUUAUUCAUUCAACCAUGUAUUCAAAAGAUUGUACAUUUGCAGUGUUGCUAACCGGCAAGUCAGGCUGGGAAAAAAGACCGACGAGGUUACAAAUUAUAAAGCUGUAACGCACAAGAAACUUAGGUAGCUAGUAUUCAAAUUAUCGCAGCCACUUCAAGAGGAUUACAGUGCAAUGUGAUUUGCUGUACCGUGCUCCGAUGCAGUAUGCAAUGAAUCAAAUAUAAUGUAAGUAAUGUAACAGUUCGCUACGCUUGGCGACUAUUUUACAAUAGUAUUACUGUGUCAUUGUAAGACAUGAAUUAUACUACCGAACGAAAGGCAGAAUUGAUUUUUGAUCUUAAAACGCUUCAACGAAAGAGAUACAUAAGUUUAUAUAUUUUGUUGCCAUGGCUAUCGAUUUUAAACUUAUAAAACAUAAUUUAGGUAUUUUUAUCAAAUUUAUAUGAAAUGAAACAUUGUUGUAAAAUCAAAUAAAAGUGAAUUAAAAAUAUAGUAUUUUAAAAUCUAA